AGUCCUGAGAGUUUCAAAGUCGCAAGAAGAUGCUGUUGCGUGUGAUCGUUUCAGCAAAGGACAUUAGAAAGCUCCGCUUGGACUCAGUUCCAGAUUCCGUUGAUGGCCUGAAACGGGUGUUGAAAAACAAACUGCAGUUACACUCUUCAUUUGACCUUCAAUAUGAAGAUGAGGAUUUCAAAGACUUCUGUAACCUCACGUGUGUUGACGAUCUACCAAAGGACAAGGUGACAUUGCAAGUCAUUUUCUGCCCUGUCUCUUCAGACUCAAGUUUGGACACUUUUGGCUCUGCUGUACCUUUGUCUCCGGCAGCAUCUUCUUCAGCUCAAACAUCAUCUCCGACGACAUCUUCUUCAUUGAGCAGCCAAACAGAGUGCUUUGCAGGUCAGCGUUCACAGCAAUGGCCAGCUCAUUUUCACAUUCCCACCUUCUCAUAUGAUGUUGAGCUGAGGCUCAGGCAGGGCAAUGAUGCUUUUAGAGAAAGUGGAGCACUUCUAUCCAUUUCAAGGGACAUGAAGUCUGAGAUUCUGCUCAAACUUGUUGAAAAAAUAUAUUCAUUCAUGACCUACCCUACACUUGAACAUUUUGGAUGUGUAGCCAAGGCACUCGUUGAAAAACACCCUUGCCUUACAGAACCUGGCUCCACAUGUGGAUGGUAUGGAUGGAAACACAGCAUAAAGUUCAAGAUGGGCAAUUACAGACAGAAAUUGAAAAAUUUGGGCUGCCGAGAACUGGAGGUUAAUUCUGAGAAAAGAGGUGCUGGGGACACACGAGGGAAGAGAAACAAAGUGAAGAAACCUCGACGGUCUGAAACAAAUUUUCUUCCAGAUCUCCCCCAGGGAAAAGACAGCCGAAGUCUUGAAGAAGAUAGAGAAAAGAUGGUCCAGGAGAUGAGAAAAACCACCCCAAACCUGGCCUACAUCGAUGAUGCAAUGAAUGCCACAUACGCACUGAGAAGACAGGAGAUUGUUGAAGAGGAGCCACCUGUGGCCGAAAUGAGAGUCAGAUGGCCAGCCCUUUUUACUGAAAGACAGAUCAUCAAGGAAUUCACCAGACUCAUGUCAAUGGACAUCAAUAAGUUCUAUGAGGGUCUGGACAGCCAUCUGCAUAAACUUCUUCAGUUAUUCCGGUUGAAGCGCUUCGAGGAAGUUCAAGAAAUGACAUCCUUAAUGGAGAGUCUCGACAAGGAUGCAUCAAACCAAAGGAAGAGAGCAGCAGCUUUGCAGGGGCUGCCAUGGUACGUGAAGGAAAAUCCUUCUACAUUGAUGAAGAGAUGUGAGCCAACAGAUCCUGGAGAGGACGUCAUCAAGGGAAUGAUGAUUGGAAUCCUUUUGGUCGUUGAAGAUGUGAAGGAGCCCCUUCCAGUUUCCUACAACGAUGUUGCCAUCGUCAUUGAGGAAAAGAUUGUCAUGCGUCAUCUUGGUGAUGUACCCAACGCUUUUGUGAACCUGAUGGGCCUGCUGUACAUGCUGAACCUUGACUAUCCAAAAGACACAAAAUAUACUUUUGAGGUGAUUCAGCGCCUGUUCAUGGGAAUCGGGUCUGAGAUGUGCACUCCCAGAGUCCACUCUUUAAAGAAUAAACUGCUCAGUUAGUGUGAUGGCUUAGGAUGAUGUUUCUGCAUUUGGCCCUGAGUAAGUGUUCUAGUUUUUUUCCAAUUUCUUUUCCACUAUGUUGUAAGAAGAAAAGAAAUGUAAAGCCCUUCUGUGGGCCACCACAGUUUUUUACGUUUUCAUGUUUUAACAUUUUUCUUUUGAGGAAAUUUCUCUUGCAGACACUAAUUUGUAUUUUAUGUUAUAAUGAAAACAUGAACAGAGUGGAGAUUUCAGUUCAUUUUCCUGCAACAAUGCUCAACACUCAAAAGUUGGACUUGUUGGGUUUUUUAUAAAAGUCCUUAUUGUCUUUUCAGCAGAUUUUUCAUGUGUUAAUAUUUAAGUUUGACUGGCCAAUUCUCAUGUAGAUACUUUGCAGAUAUUAGUUUGCUUAAAUUAGUGAAAUUUAGCAAUGUCUGUAAACUCAAGUACCUUGGCAAUAGAGCAGUAGAAAAGAAUGUAGCUCAAACUUAAUAAAAUAAGUUCAACCAACAUUCUUAUAGUUCUCUUAAUUAAUG